GUGCCUUGUUAUUGGAUAUCCCUCCGCCUUCAGACGCCGUUGUCAAAGAAAAAAACCUGAACUAGUUUGUAAACACCGUCGACGGCAGAUUUUCUUGGAGAUUUUUAAGAUCUCCCAGUCCGUGAAAAUGAAGUUUAUGUACAAAGAAGAGCAUCCAUUUGAGAAGCGUCGGUCCGAGGGGGAGAAAAUCAGAAAGAAGUACCCGGACAGAGUGCCUGUGAUCGUGGAGAAAGCUCCCAAAGCCAGAAUAGGAGAUCUGGACAAGAAGAAAUAUCUCGUCCCGUCUGACCUCACAGUGGGGCAGUUCUACUUCCUCAUUCGGAAAAGGAUCCACUUGAGGGCCGAAGAUGCCCUCUUCUUCUUUGUCAACAACGUCAUUCCUCCCACAUCAGCCACUAUGGGGCUGCUUUACCAGGAGCACCAUGAAGAAGACUUUUUCCUUUACAUUGCCUACAGUGAUGAAAGCGUCUAUGGGGACGUUUUGAGAGAUAUGUAACUAAUUUACUUGCCCGACACUACCCUUCCAUAAAAUAAAAUGAUCAAUAUGUUAGGCCGCAUGAAGUGUACAUGUUGAAUGCACUUUCAUAUCCUCCAAAUCUGUUUAUGAAUUAUUGUUCGUACUCUAUGCUGCCUGCAUAUUGUUCCUUCCUACUUAAGAGUUCCUCUUUGCUUUUAUGCAGACCUGAUACAACCUUUGUCCUGGUCUGUUUCAGUAAAUUAGUGGUACUCAUAUCCAUAAAAGCUUUUUCAAUGUUCUACACUUCUCCUUUCACCUUUUCUCACUUUCCCUCAGCACCGACAUACAUCCUGCAGUCACUUUGCUAAUCUGUCGAUCUUGAUUUUGUUUUUUAGCCACCAUAUUUGCACAGACCAAAAUCACGGAUAAUACUGGACUAUCAUACCAUGUAAUGUGUGUGAGUGUGUUUGUGUACCAUUGCCAAUAAUUAUUAUUUUUAAAUCGGUUGGAAUUGCUGUUUAAUUGAAUAAACUGGUUAAAAUACUUUUUUUUUUUAAGUUUCUUUUCAAUUGAGAUGCUGUUGGAGAUUGCUUGUUUAUGUUUCAAUUGUAUAAUAAUCAUUAUUAUUAGGUUGGAGUUCAUGAAUUGAUUGGCCUUUUUUUUUGGGCUUGUUUGUAUUAUGGAUUGAUGUGUUUUGUUUUGUUUUGUUUGGUGUCUAGUUGUCAUGGUCACCAAUCCAAGCUUACCACCAUUAUAAACUUGAUGUAAAAAGCU